ACUGUGAGAAGAUGUCUCACCUUCUAUUUGUCUUACUUUCACUGCUUUCCUUCGCUACCCUUCUGGAAGCACAGUGGAAAUUGAGGGAGAAUGUAUAUGUCAUAGAAUCUGAGUGGAGUGAUGAUGCACCAGCCACAAGAGUAGAGCUCACCUGUAACACAACCAAUGAAGCCCUUCCUGUUUACUGGAAAAAGGACACAGAAGUGAAAGGAACUGGAAAGACACUGGUUGCUGAAGUUAAAGAGUUCCCAGAUGCUGGCAACUACACCUGUCUGACAGCUGACACCCAUGAAAUCAUCAGCUACAAUUUUUUCCUCAUAACUAAAAUAGACUCAGAUGGGCAAAUGAUGAGAUCAAUUCUGACAAGUUUUAAGGAACCAAAAAGAACAUUUUUAAAAUGUGAGGCAAAGAAUUACUCUGGAAUUUUCAUAUGUUCAUGGAUGACAGAAAAUGAGAGUCCAAAUGUGAAGUUCACAAUCAGAAGUCUCAAAGGCUCUCAAGAUGUAACCUGCAGCAGCCCUGUGGCUCACCAUGAUGACACAGUGAUUAAAUACACAGCCCAGUGUCAGAAAGAGAACUACUGCCCAUUUGCUGAAGAGCACCAGCCAACUGAGAUGUUCCUGGAGGUCAUCGAUGAGGUGGAAUAUGAGAACUAUACAAGCAGCUUCUUCAUCAGAGACAUCAUAAAACCUGACCCACCAAAAUGUCACUACGUGACUAAAAACGGAACAGUGACCUGGACAUAUCCAAAAACUUGGAGCACACCAAAGUCCUACUUCCCUUUGACUUUCAGGGUGAAAGUUGAAAGCACAAGGAGAGACAAAAUGAUGUCAGAGGAGGUUGAUGAGCAGCAUAUCCAGAUUCCAAGGAUUGGCCCAAAAGACAAGAUCUCUGUGCAGGCUCGGGAUCGCUACUACAGCUCAUCUUGGAGUGAGUGGUCUUCACUUUGCAGACACAAGUAAGAAAUUCUAGGAGUAUGCCUCUGUUCCUUAAGAAAGCAAGAAUGAGUGUGCGGAAGUAAAUAACUGGAAGAAAAUCUGCAUUUUGGAUUACUAAGAAACCGUGACAUUUUUUAUUGUAAUAGAUUAAUAUGAUGUUAAUUCUGGCAACUCUUUUAAACUGGAUUUGAGUAACUCUUCUAUUAUGCAUCAUGUUAUAUUAACAUAUUUUGUAGAAGUUUUUUUUGAUAUACUGCUGACAGCUGUUAUGGUAGUUUCU